CUCCCCGAGUUGUAUAAAGCACAAGAGAGGUAUACGGUGGCCAAAGCACAUAGGGAAAGAGGAAAAAAAACAAAAAAAAAAAAACUUGUGAACUCUUGCAAAUCCGGCAACUUAAAUCCUAAGGAAGGAUGCUGCGGGCACGGUUUUUCAUUACGGUGUCAAAGAUGAUGCUCCUUGUCUUGCUGCUCUCCAUUGUCCUCUGCUGUGGAGCAGCUCAGCGUUCAGAGCCAAUGUUCACAGCUGUCACCAAUACCGUUCUACCACCGGACUAUGAAAGUAACCCAACACAACUCAACUAUGGGGUGGCCAUCACAGACGUGGACAAUGACGGAGACUUUGAAAUUGUUGUUGCUGGAUAUAAUGGACCCAAUCUCGUGCUGAAAUACAUCAAAGAGAAAGGUCGGCUGGUGAAUAUAGCGGUGGAUGAGCGGAGCUCUCCCUAUUAUCCCCUCCGGGAUCGCCAGGGCAAUGCCAUCGGGGUCACUGCCUGCGAUAUAGACGGCGAUGGACGGGAAGAGAUUUAUUUCCUGAACACUAACAAUGCAUUCUCAGGUAUUGCCACAUACUCUGACAAACUUUUUAAGUAUCGGAAUGGGCGCUGGGAGGAUAUACUCAGCGAUGAGAUCAAUAUCCGCAGGGGAGUCGCCAAUCGGUUCGCCGGGCGCUCAGUGGCAUGCAUUGAUAGAAAGGGCACUGGAAGAUACUCCAUCUAUAUUGCAAACUACGCAGACCGCAAAGUGGGCCCCCACGCCUUAAUCGAGCUCGACGAGGCAGCCAGCGACCUAGCUAAUGGAAUAAUCAUAUUGUCAAAUGUAGCAGCUGAAGCCGGUGUAAAUAAGUAUACAGGUGGACGUGGAGUCACUGUUGGACCAAUCCUGAGCUCCGCAGCAUCUGAUAUUUUUUGCGACAAUGAGAAUGGACCAAACUUCCUCUUUCAGAAUAAAGGCGAUGGGACAUUCGUUGAUAUGGCUGCAAGUGCAGGUGUAGAUGACACCUACCAGCAUGGACGUGGUGUAGCUCUGGGUGACUUCAAUAGGGAUGGAAAAGUAGAUAUUGUAUAUGGAAACUGGAAUGGUCCUCACCGCCUCUUUCUACAGAUGAGCACAAAUGGAAAAGUUCGAUUCAGGGAUAUUGCUACUCAGAAGUUCUCGAUGCCUUCUCCAAUCCGCACCGUCAUUGCCGCUGACUUCGAUAAUGAUCAGGAGCUGGAAGUCUUUUUUAAUAAUAUUGCCUACAGGGGCUCCUCGGCGAACCGUAUGUUCAGAGUUGGACGUCGGGAGCAUGCGGAUCCUUUUAUGGAGGAACUCAAUCCAGGAGAUGCCUCAGAACCAGAAGGACGGGGAACUGGUGGGGCCGUGACUGAUUUUGAUGGCGAUGGUAUGCUGGACCUCAUCUUAUCUCAUGGAGAAUCCAUGGCACAACCCUUAUCUGUGUUCAAGGGGAAGCAGGGCUUAAAAAACAAUUGGCUCAGAGUGAUACCACGAACCAAGUAUGGUGCUUUUGCUAGAGGCGCUAAAGUGGUACUAUACACCAAGAAAAGUGGGGCACAUCUGAGAAUUAUUGAUGGUGGAUCUGGAUAUCUUUGUGAAAUGGAACCAGUUGCCCACUUUGGCCUUGGCAAGGAUGAAGCGAGCAGCUUGGAGGUGACUUGGCCCGACGGCAGGAUUUUCACCCGAGGCAUUGCUGAAGGGGAAAUGAACUCUGUGUUGGAAAUUGCCUAUCCCUUCGAUGAAGAUAGUGUUACCAAACCGACGGCUAUAGAGUGCGGCCAGGGCUUUUCGGUGAAUGAGAAUGGACAUUGCGGAGAUACUGAUGAAUGCAUACAGUUCCCAUUCGUUUGUCCCAGGGAAAAACCAACGUGUAUCAACACAUACGGGGGCUAUAAAUGUCGUCCCAACAGAAGAUGCAACCGUGGAUUUGAGCCAAAUGAAGAUGGCACAGCUUGUGUUGCUCAGGUGGCUUACUUUGGAUCCUACCCUUCUUCAGCAGCCUCCAGGCUUCAACCACACUUUUUGCACUUUUCAGCGACGCUGCUUUGCCUUGGAUUAUAUUUGCAUAUAUACUCUCUCUGAACAGUUCAGCCACAUAAAGGCUUUUGUGCUUGGUUUCUUGCAACUUAUACAGUAUUUUGAAAGGACUGUCAGCCAAGCUGCUCUGCUCUGGGUCUGGGAACCAGAUGACCCCGCUACAAACAUGCCGGAAAAGACUUUUGUUCUGAAGCUUAGAGUGAAUAGUGAUAUUUUCGUAAAAAUCAAGUUGUUUGUUAAUAUGUCAUGCAUGUUUUCUGAGAAAACUGAAGAGAAAACCCCAUUCAAGCUCUCGCUAAAGACACUCUCAAGUAUCCAGUGUAAAUUCAUGUUUUAUAUUUGACUUCUGAUUUUUUUAUAUGUUGCCCGAAAAAAAAAAUUUUUGGUUAACUCUUUUUUGCUGCAAGAGAAGCCAACAGAGCGGCGCAUGGUGGACCCUCCUGGCCCGGGGGAAAUGGUUGGUUCCUGUUACCCCUGAUAUAACAUCGUUUUUUGCAGGGUUGGCCUACCUGGCCAGUGCUUUGCCUGCUCCUAAUCCUUGUAAAGGAAGAAGCCUUAUCUAAUUUCUGUAAUUAUUUCUUUAUUUUUUAAUUUGUAAUGAAAAGAAAUGUAACAACUUUUUGCAGUCUUCCAGUCAUCGGUCUGAAAAUAUAUUGGAAAUAAAAUGUACAGUAAACAUAUA